UGUCGACCUCUCUCCGUCUUUCUCUGUGUAGAAAUGGAUGUACAGUGGAUACUGGUCUGCCAUGGAUGUUUAACUCUACUAGUAAUUGUUUCUUUCUUAUGUGGCCAAUGGCCAAUAUUUCAAAACACUUUCAUUGAAAAAAUUCAUUACUUCCUCACUGUUGGUGCCUAUGAUUAUUUCCUGAGAUUUAUGUUAUAUGCAUUUGGUUCUAAAGGCAGAAAUGCAAUUCUAUCUGUCGAAUAUUUUUGUUGUGAUCGACCUAAUCCAACCUUACAGGCAUUUUAUUUAGCUAUAAUUGCAGGAACAUAUUAUGUUAUUGCAGUGUCGUCCUUUGACUAUAUUCCUGGCUAUUACCUAUCCGAAUAUCACAGGUACACAAGCUUCUUGGCAGUUGGUGUUGGUGUUGUACUCUUUCUAUUGAGUAGCUUUUCUGAUCCAGGAACUGUGAAUGCUGACAAUGUUACUCAAUACCUCUCCUCCUACCCUUAUGACAAUAUCAUAUUUACAGAAAAAGUGUGCACGACUUGCAAGAUUCCAAAGCCUGCUAGAUCCAAGCACUGUAGCAUAUGUGAUCGCUGUGUUGCUAGAUUUGACCACCACUGCGGAUGGAUGAAUAACUGCAUAGGGGAAAAGAAUACUCGUUAUUUCAUGGCUUUCCUACUCUGGCAUUUCCUUCUAUGCGUGUAUGGAACAAUUGCCAUCGCUUUGAUACUUGCUGGUCAAUUGAAGGAGUUUAAGGUUAUACACAUCCUAACAGUUUAUUAUGGCUUUGAAAAUUCAUUCUAUAGCCUAGCUCCCCAUGUUGUACAGUGGGUGUUGGGCGCAUAUAACACACAAAUACUUCUGAUGGUCUUCUUAGCUGUCGUCUCUUUACUACUUGCUGGGUUCUCUGGGUACCAUGCCCAUCUCUGUCUUACAAACACCACCACAAAUGAGACAUUCAAGUGGAAAGACUACAUCAGCUUAAAGAUGAAAAUAAAUGAAGCAAAGGUGAGCGCUGCAGCUCUAAAAGCUAGUAUCAGUGGGAUGACAGGAGAGACAAAACCACCAGAAAGCAAAUGGAAGGCCUUUUUCCGGUCUAGCAAAGGUGGUGAAUAUCGUGGAAGGUGUGACAAUAGUGGGUAACAUCUGCAACUUUUUGCUUCGAUUUUCCAAAAACUUGGGAUGGUUGCUUCAUACACAGUGCCAGAUUGUCCUUGGUAGAGCGGUGUAACUGAAACGCGAAGUCGUAUUCUUAUGGAACAACUGGUUAGAAGCAUGAAGAGUCAUGCAUAUUACCUGUAAAUUUGGGGAUGUUUGUUUUUCAUACAGCUGUUCAAUGUUAGGGGGUCCAAGCAGAGCAGUUCCAGUUUCACCCUUGAAACUGCAGAAAUGAUGGCAACCUACUUUAGAAGUUAGAACACCUACAAAUGUUGGGUUGUUCAGUUGAAGCGAGAGUUCACAAUCCUAAAGUAAGGAAAUUUGAUUUGGAAACUGUUAGCGGUUAAAUGGAUUCUUGAAUAACUUGAUAAUUCUUAACCGUUGUGUGGGCAUUAAUGAAAUGCAAAAUUCAUGAGUGAUGGCAUAGUAUGAGUACACCUAUAAUUAUCUACUUAUGAGGUCGGGAUAAUGAUCCCAUUACCGAAGAA